GUGCACGCGGGCGUUGGGCAGGGGCGCCGGCAGCUGCGGGGCCGCUUCCUCCGCGGCCUCAGCGAGAACAUUAAGCUACCUUGUGAUCGCACCGGAUGGAAAAAAGUUAUUUUCAGAUGUCACUGCUUUUCAGUAGAACUAGUGAACUUCAAGAAGUAGGAAGUACACAGUUCAGAAGCUGUUGCAAACGAGGAAUUUCAAACUCUAGUAGGGUGAGAAACAGCAGUUACAUCUCCACAUUCUUUGAGGAGAGGCAAAACUAGUAGUGGCAGCUUUGAAAAAAAGGGUUCUUUUGUGAUUGAAGUAACAUCAACAGCCAGUGCUUCAAAUACUGCAAAAGAAAAAAAACCUUCACUGCCAUUAUGCCUCUCAUAAACAUUCAGUGACAUCAGAGCAAUUGGCAGGGUUGAGAAAAAAAUGACCUUUUCAUGAACUUCAACAAAAAAUGCAAAUAAAGUGUGAGCUUCAAUGCUCUUGUCCAUGAAAACUCUUAGAGAAGAUGGCUGAUGUAAGCCUGAAGGAAGCAGCGCUAAUAGUUGGUGUGGUGGCAGCCUGCUACUGGAACAGUCUGUCUUGUGGCUUUGUUUUUGAUGAUGUCUCAGCGAUUUUGGACAAUAAAGAUUUGCAUCCUUCUACUCCAUUAAAAAAUCUGUUUCAGAAUGACUUCUGGGGCACUCCAAUGUCAGAGGAGAGGAGUCAUAAAUCUUACCGUCCCCUUACAGUUCUUACAUUUCGCUUAAACUACUUGUUCAGCGAGUUAAAUGCAGUUUCUUAUCACUUCCUAAAUCUGGUCUUUCAUGCGGUGGUGUGUGUAGUCUUCCUCAAGGUCUGUAAGCUUUUUCUGGACAACAGGAGCAGUGUGGUUGCAUCCUUGCUAUUUGCAGUGCACCCAAUACAUACUGAAGCGGUAACUGGAGUUGUGGGCAGAGCAGAGCUUUUAUCAUCUAUCUUUUUUCUAGCUGCAUUUUUAUCAUAUACAAAAUCUAAAGGGCCAGAUAAUACCAUAGUGUGGACUCCGAUUGCUGUGACUGUGUUUCUGGUAGCUGUUGCAACACUGUGUAAAGAACAAGGAAUAACAGUGGUGGGGAUAUGCUGUGUGUAUGAAGUAUUUAUUGCUCAGGGGUACACCUUGCCCGUAUUGUUGGAUACAGCUGUACAGAUUCUUCGAGGGAAGGGUAGUAUUCCUUUCUCCAUGCUCCAGACACUGCUGAAGCUCAUAGUCCUAAUGUUCAGUACACUGCUGCUUGUAGUUGUCAGAGUCCAGGUUAUCCAGUCUCAACUUCCAGUGUUUACAAGGUUUGAUAACCCAGCUGCUGUUAGUCCCUCCCCGGCAAGACAGCUGACUUUCAACUACCUCCUCCCUGUGAAUGCUUGGCUUCUUCUCAACCCCUCAGAAUUAUGCUGUGACUGGACAAUGGGAACUAUUCCUCUUGUGGAGUCUUUGUUAGAUAUUAGAAACAUUGCAACCCUUACCUUCUUUUGCGUUCUGGGAUCUUUGAUUGUCUUCAGCCUCCGAUAUCCUGGGGAUUCCUCCAAGACUGUACUGAUGGCACUCUGCUUAAUAGCGCUACCAUUCAUUCCUGCAUCAAACCUCUUUUUUCCUGUUGGAUUCGUAGUAGCAGAAAGAGUGUUGUAUGUUCCUAGCAUGGGAUUCUGCAUUUUAGUAGCACAUGGAUGGAAGAAGUUAUCAAACAAAAGUAUGCUAAGAAAAGUUUCUUGGGUUUGUUUGGCUGCGGUACUUUUCACUCAUGCCUUAAAAACACUUCACAGAAACUGGGAUUGGGAAUCUGAGUACACGUUGUUUAUGUCAGCUUUAAAGGUAAAUAAGAACAAUGCAAAACUAUGGAACAAUGUGGGGCAUGCAUUAGAAAAUGAAAAGAAUUUUGAAAGAGCUCUGCAAUUCUUUAUACAAGCCACGCAAGUGCAACCAGAUGAUAUCGGUGCCCACAUGAAUGUAGGAAGAACUUACAAAAACUUAAACAAAACUAAAGAAGCCGAAGAAUCAUAUAUGAUUGCUAAAUCAUUGAUGCCACAGGUUAUUCCAGGUAAAAAGUAUGCAGCAAGAGUUGCUCCUAACCAUCUGAAUGUUUAUAUCAAUCUUGCAAACUUAAUUCGAGCAAAUGAAUCUCGCCUUGAAGAAGCAGAUCAAUUAUAUCGACAAGCAAUUAGUAUGAGGCCAGAUUUCAAGCAGGCUUACAUCAGCAGGGGAGAAUUACUUCUAAAAAUGAACAAACCUCUGAAAGCUAAGGAAGCUUAUCUUAAAGCUUUAGAACUAGACAGAACCAACGCAGACCUCUGGUACAACUUGGCAAUUGUUUACAUUGAACUGAAAGAUCCAACAGAAGCCCUGAAGAAUUUCAAUCGAGCACUAGAACUCAAUCCGACACAUAAACUGGCAUUAUUCAACUCAGCCCUGCUGAUGCAGGAAUCUGGUGAUGCUCGGCUUAGACCUGAAGCUAAACAAAGACUGUUACAUUAUGUGAAAGAAGAACCACAGGAUGCAAAUGGAUACUUCAAUUUGGGUAUGCUGGCAAUGGAUGACAAAAAAGAUACAGAAGCAGAGGCAUGGAUGAAGAAAGCCAUAAGGUUACAGCCAAACUUUCGAAGUGCUUUGUUCAAUUUGGCACUGCUUUAUUCUCAGACAGCGAAAGAAUUGCUGGCUUUGCCUGUCCUGGAAGACCUACUGAGGUACUACCCCGAUCAUACCAAAGGUCUGAUUUUGAAAGGAGAUAUCCUUAUGAACCAAAAGAAGGAUAUCGUUGGAGCAAAAACGUGUUUUGAAAAAAUUUUGGAACUGGAUCCAAACAACGUACAAGGGAAACAUAAUCUUUGUGUGGUCUACUUUGAAGAACGAGACUUAAUAAAAGCAGAAAAAUGCUUGGUUGAAACACUAGCACUGGCACCUCAUGAAGAAUAUAUUCAGCGUCAUCUAAACAUAGUUAGAAGUAAAAUUGCAUCACUCAGCACUACACAACAGUCAUCACUUCCAGUAGAUGGGACUGCAGCUGCAGCAGAAAAAAAAAAAUCAUUUCAAAAUUUGAAAGAAGCAAAAAAUGAGCAGAAAACCCCCCAAGCAACAGUUGAUAAUGAUAAAGGGCACUCAAAAAAUAAGAAAUUAAGAGAGAAAAACAAUAUAGACAAAGUGACUCCCAAAAAAUCCACAAAAGAAAUCAAAGACAUUGAGAAAAAGAGAGUUGCUGCUUUGAAAAGACUAGAAGAGAUUGAACGUAUAUUAAAUGGUGAAUAGUCUUUAUGAUGUCACAAUAAAAUAAGGGAAGAAUAAUAUUUUUAAGUAUUGUUAAAUAUGUCAUCCAGCUAGAAAGUGGUCUCAGUGCUUUGAAAAUAGAAAUAAUGUUGACUGAAUAUCACUCAGCAGCAGCAAAAGGCAUUACAAUGCUUUAUGUGAGAAAACUGCAACUUUUAAAUAUGAUGUGGGGGAUGGGUGGGAAUUGAAGGAUAAAAGGCUGAGAAUAAUCUUGAAUGCAGAAUCCUAAUAUUAAUAAAAUCGCACUCAAAAAUUACUGGUAGUCAGGGAUACUCAGUAAUUCUUCUUUCGAAGAAUCAGUGAAAGAACUGAAUAGAGAGUUAAUGGGAUAAACCAGACAUUGCUGGUUUCCCCCAUAUAAAUCUGUUUGUAUUAACAUUAUCUACACUUCAGUUUACACAUCAUCAAUUUUUCUAGACCUCUGCCAUACUGGAAAAAGAAGUUUUCAAAGUCAUCAAAAUGCCACUGGUUGUAGUAUAGGAUGAUGCAGCAACACACUGAAAUUUUCAGUUGUCUUAUAAAUACGGAAUGAUAAAAUAACCUUUUAAUUGUUCUUUACUUAAAAUGCUAAUGGUUUGUACUGUUUUACCUUACGGUGCUUUUAAGAUCUUUACACUUCCACUUUUAAAGGAAAUGUGUGGGUUUUCUUCCAACUGUCAAUAAUCUGAUUGGUUUUGAAAAUUAUAUAAAAAAGGGUGCUUUUCUCACUUUUCCACCAGUUCAUUGAAUGCUGAUAAAUGCAUUUUUGGUACAGUAACCAGUAUGCCAUGCAGUAGUCCUUGUUGACUUUGUAUCAAUGGCUGUGGAUUGCCUCCUUGGUGUGGUAAAUUCUUCCUUGUUUAUAGCAAACUGGCUUUACUAUUUCUGUCAUUGGAACAGUAUUUCUAUUCUCAUUACUUUUUUACAACACUAAUAUAAGCAAUGAGUGCUGAAGGCAGUGUGAUAAUAAUUAAGCCACUGUAUUUAGCAAUGUUUUAACACAAGGAAAUGUAUAUAGUAUCCUUCCAAAUACACAGUUCUGUUGUUUUGAUACUUUGUUAUGGGUGUGUGGUUUUUAUUAAAUAUUUAUUUUGACUACUAAAAUA